GGCAACAAAUAGUGUUAGUAGUACUCAUAAACAGUAGAAUGAUCAGCAGUAAUUGCGUAGACCAAGAAGGGCAGUGAGAUUCAUUUUCAUUUCAUUGGGAAGGAAAACUCUGAGUUAAGUUGCAGAGACACACGUUAACUCUUUAUCUACCCUCUCUCUGUCUCCACCUGCAAUUAACACAACACAACACUUCACUACUAGUAGUACUACUGUAACUGUUAUGCUUGCUUGUGUUGUUGAUGUUAGAGAGAGUGAGAGAGAGAGAGAAACUAUUUGAUUUGUUUGAUGUACACAACAGAAAGAUGAAAGAAAGACUACACUACUACUCAUUUUGCAUAAGAUGAAUCUGAUUCCACCUUUUACAGAUAGAUUAUUAUACUUUCCAAGAACCCCAAAAAUCCCUAUUCUUCUGACUCUUUCCCAAGUUUUUUAGUUUUUUCUACUAAUUAUGACUCAGAUUUUUUAGCUUCAAUUCCGGGAGUACUCUACAGUCUACUCUCUGAACAAUUAUAUGCAGUCUUCUUUUUCAUAAACAGUAAAGUGUGGGGACUAAGCAAAAUAGGUAUUAUUAUAUCUUAUAUACUAUAUAUUAAUAUUAUAUAUGCAUAUGUAUUAUUAUUUAGGUUUUCUUUUCUAUAUAGAGAGAGAGAGAUAAAGCUUUUUGUCCAACUUAACUUUGUUUUGAAACUAUGUUAGGGUUUGGAGGAAACAGUUGCAGUGAGAUUUCUUCUAUGGAUCAUCAAAAUCAAAUGAUGAACAUGGAAACUAAUAGGAAGUUUUUUUCAUUUCCUCUGAGUAACAAUUCCUCUGGUGUUCAAAAUCAUCAUAACUAUACCCAACACCAGAACAACACCAACAACAACACUUGUAGGGAUAAAAUCAUGGCUCAUCCUCUCUUUCCUCGUCUCUUGUCUUCUUACCUCAAUUGCUUGAAGGUUGGAGCACCUCCUGAAGUGGUGGCAAGCUUAGAGGAGUCAUGUGCAAAAUGUGAAAUAUUGAAUGGUUCUUCAGGAAGGACAGGAAGUAGUAGUUCUUGUAUAGGUGAAGAUCCAGGUUUGGAUCAGUUCAUGGAGGCAUAUUGUGAGAUGCUUAUCAAGUAUGAGCAAGAACUCACUAAACCCUUCAAAGAAGCCAUGCUUUUCCUUUCAAGAAUUGAGUCUCAGCUCAAGGCUGUUGCUGUUUCAACUGACUUUGGUCAAAGUGAAUUUGCAGCUUCACAGAAUGAGAUCGAUGUGCAUGAAAACAACCUAGAUACAACUCAAGGUGAAGAUCAGGAAUUAAAAGUGCAGCUUUUACGCAAGUAUAGUGGAUAUCUAGGAAGCCUUAAGAAAGAGUUUUUGAAGAAGAAAAAGAAUGGAAAGUUACCAAAGGAAGCUCGACAACAACUACUUGAUUGGUGGAGCAGGCAUUACAAAUGGCCUUACCCAUCGGAAUCCCAAAAGCAAGCCCUUGCAGAAUCAACAGGCCUAGAUUUGAAGCAGAUCAACAAUUGGUUCAUUAAUCAGAGAAAACGUCACUGGAAGCCUUCUGAGGAUAUGCAAUUUGCUGUGAUGGAUGCCACAAAUUACUACAUGGAAAAUGUCAUGUGCAAGCCAUUCCCUAUGGAUGCCAUGCCUAUGCUUCUUUAGAACAUUAAUCCUCUCACCUUAUUCAGUAAAACCCUAUCCAUUUUAAAAUUACCUAGGUUGUGAAGGUACAAUAUAUAUUAAUUAAUGUAUGUUACUGUAAUCUUUAAUCUGUAGAAAGGUGAGGAUGAAAAAUCCACACUAUCCCUGAACUACAUCUUUAUCAGAUUGAACUUCAAUCUAAUUAUAUAUAUAAGCUAGCUAUCCUCUUCACUAUUUAUAUAUGGAGCAUGUACCAAAGUGAAAAAA